CUUCAUUAUCAACACCCUUUAAUAAAUGUCAAGCUGUCAGCUGUUUUUUAUUAUUUUGAAACCGUAACUUGCGAAAAAAAAGAAUAUUUUUUCGUAUAGUUACUUAAUUUAUUAAAAUUUCACUAAAAUAGUAAAGAUUUUGAAGAGAUUUCAUUGAAAAAAUGGAAUUUAUACACGAAGGCAUUGCAUUGGGUGUAGAUUUACUAAUUUUAGGUUUAUGUGUUAAGGAAUAUGUUAGCUACAAAAAAAGUGUUAAAUUGCUAAAGACAGCACCUCAACUAUCUAUAGAUAAUGAUUUAAAGGAUUUUGUGGCUAGACAAAAAGAUAAAAAAGUACCAUAUGCAGUGGUACGUGGUACCGUAACACCCAUUGGUGUACCAAUGCGUAGUGUUAUGUCUCCAUCAGUGACGGGUGUAUUGCAAGUGAUAAAAUUAAGCGAACAUCGUGUUGCCCGAGGCUUUGCCGGCUUUUGGUCAGAACAACGUAAACUCAUACAUGUCUCCUCCAACGAAAUGCCCUUCGAGUUAACCAAUAAUGGUUCUGGCGUUGAGGUAGUCGACGCCCUAUCCGCCGCAGUACUCGAUAUGGAUGUAGUCUAUGAUAAUUAUGAACCCUCCUCCCUCUCAUUUUUCGAUCACAUAUUUGGCUUCUUUUCGGGUAUACGUCAAAAAGGUCUACAAACAACUGAAGAAGUUCUAAGGGAUGGUAGUUUUAUAACAGCUGUUGGUGAACUCGAGCUAGAUGGUAAAACGUUGCGUUUGCAGCCCUCACCCUUGGGACCUCUCUUUUUGACUACAUCAACCAAAUCAACGCUAAUUAAGAAAUUUGAAGAGGCUAAAAAUUCUAUGCUAUUUAAAAUAUUCGUUUGUGGUUCGAUAUCGGCAGUAUUGAUCACUAUAAUUGUACGAAAGAUUUAUAUGAAAAAGAAGCAGGAACGUGAUGAGAGACGUAUAAGAGAAACAUUGGAAAAGGAACGUAAAGAGAGGAGAGCUAAAUCGCGUCCGGUUAAUUUGACGCCUGAUCAAUUGUGUGUGGUGUGCAAUAUUAAUCCCAAAGAGGUCAUUAUUCUACCCUGUGGUCAUGUUUGUAUUUGUGAAGAUUGUUCGGAGAAAAUCAAAAUGACUUGUCCAGUUUGUCGUGGUAAAAUUAAUACACGCGCUGCUGCCUUCAUAUCGUAAUGUUGCAGCAGGAUCAACUGCAGCUUAAUUUGAAAAUUAAAUCUCCAGCUUUCGCCCUCCUCCUCUACCCAACAACACAAAGAAAAAUGCAAAAAACAAU